AUGUCGUCAAUUUACAAGGCAUUCGACCGUACCGUUCGAGACAUAAAGCGUGAGGUCAACAAGAAUGUGCUCAAGGUGCCUGAUGCUGAGCGCAAGGCUCUGGAUGCGACGACCAACGAGCCAUGGGGGCCUCACGGCCAGCUGCUCGUGGACCUCGCGCGGGCGUCGCACAACCCGAUCGAGUACUCCAUGGUCAUGAACGUGCUGUGGAAGCGCUGCCAGGAUGUAGGCAAGGACUGGCGCCACGUGUACAAGGCGCUGGUGGUGAUGGAGUACCUGGUGGCGCAUGGCACCGAGCGCGUCGUCAGAGACCUCCGCGACCGCUCUGCCUUCAUCCAGAGUCUCGCUGAUUUCCAGUACAUGGACAGCGCGGGCAAGGACCAGGGCCUCAACGUGCGCACCAAGGCGCAGGCGCUACUCGCCCUGCUGCGCGACUCCGCGCGCAUUGCUGAGCUCAGGGACCGUGCUGCUGCCACCCGCAACAGGUUCAAGGGCGCGUCAGCAGCAGGCACGGGGCGGGCGUCGAACCCAUAUGGUGACUACGAGCCUGAGAGGCAGUCCAGGGACUCGCACCCCACAGCCAGCUACGGCAGCAACAGCUACGCGGGCGACGGGCGGAGUGUGUACAGCACGGGGUCGGCGGAGAGGGUGCACGCCACUGACAGCGCGCACAGUGGCGAUGGCGAGAGGCCCAGCGGGUACACAGGCAAGCAGAGAUACGGGGAUGAGGAGGAGGUGGAGCACAGCAGCACGGGAGGGGGAGCGGCGAGGGCGAGUGGGCACGAGGGAGGGGGUGCGGCGGGCAGCAGGGUGGCGGGCAGCAGUGCUGGCGGGGAAGGUGUGGCAGGGGGGCAAGGGGGAGGCGGUGGGGGGACGCCACAGAGUGCGCCCAGGCCUGCUGCGGUGCCCAGCACUGCAGCAGCCAGCGCCAGUCCGUUUGAAGAGGAAGGCUUUUCGGCAAGCAGCGCCUACGGCCCAGGCCCAACACAGCCCUACACCUACCCACCCUCCGAUGCCCCACCUCCUGCUGCUGCUGCUGCUACUGCUGCGGCCCCUGCAGCACCAGCGUCUGGUGGGGGGGGCGGGGGGGGCUUUGACGACGACGACUUUGACCCGCGCUCCGCAUUGCUUUGCUGUUCACUCUGCUUCCUUUUUCUUCCUCUGCCUGCCACCCUACUCUUCCUUUUUCUUCCUCUGCCUGCCACCCUACUCGUCCUUUUUCUUCCUCUGCCUGCCACCCUACUCUUCCUUUUUCUUCCUCUGCUUGCCACCCUACUCUUCCUUUUUCUUCCUCUGCCUGCCACCCUACUCUUCCUUUUACUUCCUCUGCCUGCCACCCUACUCGUCCUUUUUCUUCCUCUGCCUGCCACCCUACUCUUCCUUUUUCUUCCUCUGCCUGCCACCUUACUCUUCCUUUUUCUUCCUCUGCCUGCCACCCUACUCUUUUUUUUCUUCCUCUGCCUGCCACCCUACUCUUCCUUUUUCUUCCUCUGCCUGCCACCCUACUCUCCCUUUUUCUUCUUCUGCCUGCCACCCUACUCUUCCUUUUUCUUCCUCUGCCUGCCACCCUACUCUUCCUUUUUCUUCCUCUGCCUGCCACCCUACUCUUCCUUUUUCUUCCUCUGCCUGCGACCCUACUCUUCCUUUUUCUUCCUCUGCCUGCCACCCUACUCUUCCUUUUUCUUCCUCUGCCUGCCACGCUACUCUUCCGCAUCGCUCCGCCAGCCUCACCAGCAGCCCCCACAGCAGCAGCAGCAACAGCAGCAGGCAGCGGUGGCGGCAUCUGGUUACGUAGACCCCGCCCAGCCUGCUGCGCCCGUGCCAGCUGCACCAUAUGCCUUCUCUGCCUCAGACGCUGCUCCCACCUCCGCCACUGCUCCCCCCCAUAACACCGCCCAUCACCCCACUCCCCCUGCCUCCGUGCCUGCACCUGCUUCUGCUGCGCCCUCUGGUGCUGCCGGCAGUGAUAGCGGUGCAGCAGGAGCGGCAGCAAUGUGUGGAGAGGGCAAGGGCGGUGUGAGUGCGGGGGCAGGUGCGGGAGUGAAGAAGUCAAGUGUGUUCUCAGACGUGCUCAGUGCCGGCCUUGUGGACCUCAACAUCUCCAAAGAGCCGGAUGACCCGCUGAGCUCGGUGGGCGUGAUGCCCAAGUCGAAGCUCAGAUCGGCACGCGAGCGCAAGGAGGACGCCACCCGCCAGCAGCAGCAGCACGGGCAGGGGCAGGGCCAGCCGGGGGGUGUGCCCGCUGUCAUGGGCCGUGCCAUGGGUCCUGGUGCUGGUGCUGGUGCUGGUGCUGCUGGCAUGGGUAUGGGGGCAGGCAUGGGGGGCAUGGGAGGCAUGGGUGGUGGGAUGGUAAUGGGAGGAGGAAUGGGGGGGAUGGGAGGGAUGGGGGCUAUGGGUGGAAUGGGUGGUGGAAUGGCUGGGAUGGGAGGUGGUGCUGGUGGUUAUGGCAUGCAGGGUGGUGGGUACGGGGGAAUGGGGAUGGGCGGUGGAGGUAUGGGAGUGAUGGGUGGGGGCAUGGCAGCAAGUGUGGGUAUGGGAAUGGGAGGUGGUGGAUAUCCAAAUCCUCAAGGUGGCUAUCCGUCAGGUGCUGGUAACUACCAGCAACCUGGUUACCAGCAAGGCAAUUAUGGUGCUGCAAAUUAUCAAGGCGGAGGUUAUGGUUAUUGA